CACGCCUUUGAGCUGCCCGACUGCCGGGUCGGCCUCGGCUGGAACGCGGGCGAGCCUCCGCCGCAGCUGCCGCCGCUCACGGAUUGGUUUGCGUGCCGCGAUCACUUGUUCGAGCCUGCGUGCGUGGGCGUGCGAGGCGACGUGCUGCUCGUCGCCUUUUCGGCGCAGGGGCCAGGCGUGCAGCAGUGGCAAGCGCCUGCGGCGGCGCUCCGCUCCUCCGGGCUGCAGCUCGACGUCCUCUUUGUGGCGGACCCGUCCAACUCCUUCUAUCUGCAGGACCCGUCGGGGGACUGGGACGGCAUGGCUUACUUUGAGGCGCUCGUCCGCCGCCACGCCGCGCGGUACGAUGGGUGCGUCCUCAUAGUGGGAAGCUCGAUGGGCGCGACGGCCGCGCUGCAGCACGCACGGCUCGCGUCGCGCACCCUCUCCUUCGCGCCGCGGGUGGACCUCGCGCUCUCCCAUGGCGCGUUCGUGCCGCACGCCGCGCGUGCGGCUAGUCUCGCGGCCAUCGCCAACGGGCUCGCCGAGCUCCCCGCCAGCGUCGUGGCGGUCCACGUGGGCGCACACAACCACGUCGACGCGCUGCAGGUCGCUGCCGUCCCGUCCUCGCAGGCGGUCCACGUGGUGGAGCACGACACAUUUCACCACAACGUGCCGGCGCACUUGGAGUCGCUUGGAGAGCUGGUGCCCCUGCUUAGGGACGAGGCGUUUGGCGUCCUGCGAGCGCACCUCUCCUGGAAGCGAGAGCUCUAGCUGGUACAUCUGUGCUCUGAACGGUGAAUGGGUCUGAAUACUGAAAGCUCGUACGUCUAGGUGAGCAGAUACAGCUCCAGAAUCGGCUCGAAUACGCUAAUAGUACAUAAAUCUC